AUGGUAUUAGCCGCAUUGCGCGGGGAAAAUACCCCUGCUCGCAGUCGUUCUAUGUCUGGAUGCACUACUUGCCGCCGUCGGCACACCAAGUGCGAUGAACGGCAUCCUUCCUGUUCAACAUGCGAGACAUUGGAUAUCCCAUGUGAAGGGUACCAGAUCAAUUUGGUAUUUGAUUCAUCACACAGUGCCAGGUCGGGAUGUCGUCGUCCUCUUUUUACCAUGAAAAUGCGUGAGGCCAUGAGCGAAAUGCUCACGGCCAGCGUCGGAUCAGGAGAUGUGGACCAAUGUCUGUCCCAGGUGGACAAAGAAACAGAUGAGCUCCAAGAUGGGGCCCGGGGCUUCAUGACCGAAUAUGGGCCCUUUGGGGCAUUUCGUAUAUCGAACAUGGAGAUUCAGGCAGAGACAACUUCCAUCCCUGCCGGGCUUCAAUCUCCAACCGCCUCUGCGGCCCUAUCCCCGCCAAUGAUUGAAUCGAUUCCAAAUAUAAAUGACCUGUUUAGCGAGGAUCCCUUGAUGGAAUGCCUCUUCUGGGAUUUUGAUCUCCCAAUGGACCUUCACCAUGGUGCUCUGUUCAACGCCAAUUCAUCCCCGACGAAUUAUGACGAAACUAAUACCUUCUGUACACCCCAUUCAAUGCCCAAUGCUCCUGCUGUGGUCUCCCCGUCGUCGCCACUGAUUUCCAAUCUUGCCCCUAGGAAUGCGGGUACUCUUCUUCUCCACUAUAAGGCGAAUGUGAUACGAUCCUUUUCCCCGGUCUACUCUAACAAAACACCUUGGCAGAUUAUGCACGUUCCCAUUGCCAUGGAAACAUUUGCACAGCUAAGCAUGGGCGAAUUUGCGCCAAGCACAAAAAUGUGCAUCUUUUAUAGCAUCCUUGCCACCAGCGCCUUUUCUCUGCAAGCAUCAUCAUCACAAGAAAGUGGAGGCGAGGCAUAUGCUCUUCAGGCUCAAAACUACAUAAAAAUGGCCAUCCGAGACGCUACAUCUACGCCAAAGAAGGUUAAAUACAAGGAUAUGCUCAUUGCCUUUCUUUGUAUGGCCACGGCUUGGGCUUAUCAAGGCAAUGAAAUACGAAUUGAAAGUUGCUUUCUGGAUUGCGAACAAUGGAUCUCAUUGCGAGGUGUUCCAAAACAAAAGAAAUCGCGCAAAGUCCGCCUUCUACACCACUGUUACCUUUGCCCGCGUGUUUUUUACGAAAGCACCUCUGUCUGCCGCAAGCCUGUUUCUCCAGUCAACAAUCCAUCUGGUGCAUUCUUCCGCCGGCAACAAUGGGCAGAUCGAUUCGAGCAACGAAUGAAUGAACGAAAAGAAGGGCCAAUGGUCGAAAACGACAUGCAUUUCGAAGUUCCCGGGCGAUGGGAUUCCUCUAUGUAUCCUGAAAUAUAUGGGAUUCCAGAGUCUUUACUUUUCUCCCUCGCACACGUUACUCGCCUGGCCAAUGAAAAGGACAUCUCGAACUCGAAUCAACAUGAUCAUUCUCUUGACAUGAAGCAGUUUUUUGAGAGAGCAAGCAGUUUGGAAAAGUAUAUCUGCGCAUGGCGACCUCCAGUUCAUCCCCCACAAGAUGGGCGUCCCACAGAAGAAAACAUGCUUGGGCAAUCACCACACGACCUUCUUAUCAUUCAGAUGAUAACCGCCUUCCACAAAGCUUUGCUGAUAUUCUUCUACCGAAGAAUUUACGAUGUAGAUGCCUCUAUCCUUCAAGAAAAUGUCAAGCACAUUCAGUACUCGCUCGCACAAUGCGAAAAGCUCGACGUGCCAGCCGUACGCCUAUCUACCACAUUUGUAUGGGUGGCAUUUAUUGCCUCCUGCGAGGCACUUGACUCGACUUUACAAAAUUGGUUUUCUGACUGGUUUGACACUUCUGCCCAAAAGGCAAAUCUUCAAGUCUUUCAAGUUGUGAAGAGUAUCACACAAGAGGUGUGGAGGAGGCGUAAGGAGGGUGAAUGUGGGAGUUGGCCUGUAGUUCUUCGGGAAACGAAGCAAAACCUCUUUUACGUUUAG